GUGAAAUUGACGCCGCGGGAGCGCAUGCUGGCCGUGAUGGACGGGAAGGUGGUGCAGACGGUGAUGACGUUGCUCACGGUUUUUGCCCUGUAUGGUGACGAUUUGAGGAUGAAGUUUUUCUUUCUCCGGCACGACAUUGGGUUCUACGUGCUGUACACAAUCACCUUUUUUCUUUUUUCCGCGGAACUGACCAUUUUCUCCGUCUGCAAAGAGGAUUACAAGUACAGAGAAAAUGUUUUUGUUUCAUUCUGAUUUUGCUGUUGAAGAUGUUGGACCAUUAUGAUUUUCGCGAAGCUCAAGAAUUUUUUCAUCAGAAGAUUGAUCAUUCCGAUGCCGAUCUCUCAUACAUUGUCACGAUGAAAAAUUUCUUCACAAAAACGUAAAUCAAAAGGUACUCUUUCUUCUUCUGGCUCGACAUGGUCGCGUCCAUGAGUAUCCUCCCCGACAUUAAAUGGGUAAUGGAUUUCGUUUCCGGCCUUUUUGACGACAGCCAGGGCGGGGCCGGCAGCGGGCAAACGGGCGUCGCGCGCGCGGGGCGCGCAAGUCGGGCCGGGACCAGGGCGGGAAGGAUUGUUCGUAUCCCACGAAAAAAGUGUUACAGUUACACAUUUGCUGUAGCUUCAGCAUCACAAGUUUUCUCUGCAUGACAAAGAAAACUUGCAAUGCAAAGAUCAUAAGGGAAAACGGGAAGAAAACGAGGCUCCAAAGCAUUUCCUGCAUGAGAAAGGUUGUCUGUGUUGCGGAUCUUGCAACACAAUGUGUAACUGUAACACUUUUUUCUUCCCAUAGUUCGGUUGAUUCGUCUAGUGCGGUUACUCCGCGUAGUGAACAUUGCGAAAUUCUUUUCGAAGGAGGAGCAAUCCGCUUUGGAUAAGAUGAAGUCCAGCAAGGGCGGCAUCACCCGCGAGGGGAUGCAGCACAGCAUGAGCAAAAAUGCUCAGACUAGUAGUCCCGGGUCGAAUAGCAAUGAGAAGCGCGUGGAGGCGAGCCGGUUGGGGAAGAUUCUGUCCGAGCAGACCACGCGUACCGUGAUUCUGGGCGUGCUUUGCAUGAUGCUGGUCCUACCCAUGAUCGAGUUGGAAGAGCCGAACCGUACCCCGACCUUCGGGCUGGAGCAAAUUUUCUGGAUCGGCCGCAGUUCCUGCAGUCCGUACGCGGAUUUCGUUUCCGCGGGC